ACAGAUUGUGUGGGUCGGGCUGUUAAGGUGACGUCGCUUCUUCAGAAUUCCCCCUUCAGACCUCAACGAGAGACCAAGAGCGACGACGUACAGUAUUUACAGCCUGGUCGACGCUUCUUUUGGAGAUUGUACAUCUUUCUUUUUAUUUUUCAAACAGCAAGCCGGCUUCCCAACCAAUACUUUACAGGAUGUCUCUCUAUCCAUCCCUGGAGGACCUAAAGGUUGACAAGGUGAUCAAGGCCCAGGCCCAGUUCGCCCAGACAAACACCAACGCUGCCAUGCCGGCUAUCACCGAGGGAGGUGACCAGCCGCAACAGGCGACUGCUGGGAUGCCUUCUGCUUGCUUGUACCCAAAUCUGGAAGAGCUGGGAGAGUACAUGGGCCUCAGCCUCAACAGCGAUGAGGUGCAGAGAAAUUUGGCCUUGUUGCCCGUGGCCAACAAUCAAGUGGCACUGCCCGCCUACUCAGGUGUUGCGGGGAUGGUGUGUCCCGUAACGGGGUCGGAUGUCGGCAUCAGGAGGGCGGAGGUUCGCCAAGGGCUGCGGGAAAUUAUUCUCUGCAAGGACCAGGACAGCAAGGUCGGACUCCGCCUCAGGGCAAUCGACAACGGAGUGUUUAUCCAGCUGGUGCAGGCCAACUCCCCUGCCGCCCUAGCUGGGCUGCGCUUUGGGGACCAAGUCCUUCAGAUCAAUGGGCAGAAUUGUGCCGGUUGGAGUGUCGAUAAGGCCCACAAGGCGCUGAAGGCUGCAGCGGAGACCCGCAUAGAGCUUGUGGUUCGGGACAGACCAUUUCAGCGCACUGUCACCAUGCACAAAGACAGCUCAGGUCACGUGGGCUUCAUCUACAAGUCUGGUAAAAUUACAUCGCUGGUCAAGGAUGGUUCAGCCGCCCGCAACGGUCUGCUGACUGACCAUUACAUCUGUGAGAUCAACGGGCAGAACGUUAUUGGACUCAAGGAUUCCCAGAUUAAGGAUAUUUUGAACACCUCUCCAACCGCCAUGACCAUCACCAUCAUGCCCAAGUUCAUCUACGAGCACAUGAUUAAGAGGAUGUCCACCAGCCUGCUGAAGUCGGCCAUGGAUCACUCCAUCCCGGAGGUGUGAACGUCAAGGGCAGAAAAUGCAAGAUGUCCACCCUCCCCCCACUCCCCCUUUGUCUGUCUCUUUCUGUCUCCUAUAUUAUCAAUGCCUUCAUUUAUCAACAUAAUCUCACAAUGCCUUGGUGAUAUCUUUUAGUAAUCUUUAUGGUCAGUUGUUUGUUUACAGUUUUCCUCUGCUGAAAAAUGUACUUUUUUUUUUUUUUUUUUUUUGGAAACAUUUUCUCGUUGUAGUCCAAAAUGAGACAGGUGUUAUUUUGAUGGUCCAAGAUUUGUAUUUCAAGCCAUGCAAACUUCCGAGUCCAGAGCUUCCUCCCUCACGAUGGAGACGAUCGUUCAUUUCUUCCACCCCGUCGUCCAAGAUGCUGUAACAGUCAGCCGCCUGCCUGAGCCCCACCGACCGCGCGCCCACCCGGGAUCUCCGCUCCUUUAACAUUGUCCAAAACGGAGCUGUUUCUACCAUGAUGUUGUUUUUAAGAGUAUGACGUUUUAUUUGUUGAGGCGAAGACAUUAUUGAAACUCGCUGCGUUUGCAUGGACACAAAAGUUUAUAUGAACCAAAUUAUUUCUAUUUCUUCACCUGAAAAAAGUCAGCAACCAUAAAAAAAUAUGGCUGAGUACAUCAGUCUAUUUUUAUGAAAGCUAGUACAUAUGCAAACAAACAUUUUUUUCCCCCAUUUAUAUUUGACCAAAUGACUUCCAAAGCAGAUUGCCUGAAGAAUAUACUUUUUCAGUGGUUAGUUAUCGGAUAUGACUAAUAAUACAGGUACCUAUAAAUAAAUCCCUAAUAAUAGAGUAAGAAACCGUACAAUAAAUGUCCAACUUCCCAGUUUCUCUUUAACAUUUUAUUGGAUGUGGUGUUUGGAUUUUAGUGGCAUUUGUGCAUUGAGAUGGCGUAAAAGUCGGGGUCAGCCUUGUCCGUGCAAUCGCAGCCCUGGGCGAGCUCAAAUAAUAAUGGCCGCAGCGUCCACCAUUUUAGCAUCCGUGACCGCAAGUGUGCAGGUUCCAUGCCCAUAAGCAAUCCCUAUCCACAGAAUCAUAGUGCGUCAUGGGAUUGGCUGUCUCGGUAGUUGCUAAAUGACCAUUUCAAGGGCACAUGUAGUAUUUUUUUUUAGGGGCCAGGUAUGUGCUGGGUGGACCCACUAAGUGCACUUUCCACUUUUUUUGUCUUUCAAAUUGAUGUUUUUCCUGUUUCCAUUUCAAAAGCGGUGUUUCUUGUUGUUGAAAUAUUUGUGUAUGGUGCCUCAUCUUGACUAACUCAUCCUCUUAAUGUUCCCCAUGAGAAGUUGCUCCAAGUACAUGCUGAAAAUCGACCUUUUGAAUCACCGUAAGGGUAUAUAACCCCCCCCCCCCCCGCAGCCCUCUUUCUGCUCGAGGAGCACAGUGAAACCGAGCACCGUUUUAACUUGUUUUUUUCUUUUUUUACUUCUCUCCAGUUGCUCCUUUUUGGGUGCAUGCGUUCUUUCCGAUUUUCUGGGUAUGCAAUCUGAUAGACAUCCUUUGCAUUCUGUUAAAAAAAAAAAAGUUUAUAUAUGAAUGUAACCAAGAUAAUGCUAUUGUAAAACAAAUAAAGUCUUUUUGUUCACAUCC